AUGCGAUCAAUUAUCACGGAUGUGAACCGCCAGAUGGAAAGACUGGAGCGAGAUUUCAUCAACUUCAGCCCUCUUCGCUGUCUGAUGCCGCGCGCUAUACCUAUUCAGGGCACCGGUGCCGCAUUUGACGCCUACAGAGUAAACAUUGAUGUGCAAGGCUACAAGCCCGAAGAAAUCAGCAUAUCUUUGAAGGAUGGCGUGCUGUCCGUCAGGGCCCAGAUGGAGCGAAGUGCCGAAGACGGAAGUAAGUUCUACCAGGAGGUGAAACGUGAGUUCACACUGCCGGAUAACAUUGAGCAGCGCUCCUUGAAAUCGUUUCUGAGUCGCGACGGAGUUCUUUGUGUGGAGGCACCUUUCAAGUCCGAGGAAAAGUCCAAAGAGAUCCCCGUUUCCCAGGAAUAG